AUGGCGACUGGGGGUUCCGUCCAAGAGCUCUGCGACGAACUCACCUGUCCCGUCUGCCUGGAGUAUUUUAAGAGCCCGGUGAUGCUCACGGAGUGCGGGCACAAUUUUUGCAGAGCCUGCCUGCCCCGGGGCUGGGGCGCGAUCUCCUGCCCUGUGUGCAGAGGAGCAAUUCAGCCAAGAAACCUCAAGCCCAACCGGCAGCUGGCAAAUGUUGUCGAGAUUGCCAAGAAACUCAGUCUUCAGGGCGGUAGGGAGGAGGAGGAGGCGAAGAAGGCUCCGAACUUGCAAGAAGGAAAGCCGGGAACUUGCAAGAAACACCGGGAGCCCCUCAAGCUCUUCUGUGAAGGGGAUGAAGCCCUCAUCUGUGUGGUCUGCGACAGAUCCAAGGAGCACAGAUAUCACGAUGUGAUUCCCGUGGAAGAGGCUGCCCAGAAGUAUAAGAGUAUAUUACAUGGCUACAUUGAGAUUAAGAGGAAGGCGAGAGAAAACAUUAUGGCCUGUAAAGCAGACACAGACAAGAAAAGCCAAGACCUGCUGAAGCAAACAGAAGCUGCGAGGAAGACGUCUGUAACUCAGUUCAGGAAGCUAUGCCAGUUCCUGGAGGAACAGGAGCGACUUCUGUUGGCCAAGAUAGAGGAAACAGAGAAGGAGAUUGCAAGAGAAAGGGAUGAGAACCUUGGCAGACUCACUGCCCAACUUUCCUCUCUUGAAAUGGUCAUCCGGGAGAUGGAAGAGAUGGCUGUCCAGCCAGCGACCGAAUUCCUUCAGGAUGUCAAAUCCUUCUCGGAGCGGUAUGGGGAGGAAGAAGAGUUUGGAAACUCAUUCACUCCUGAUCUGAUGUGCACGAUCGACUACCUUGAUCAAGUGACCGACUUUCUGGAGGUCAAUCUGCCACAAUUCAAAGAUACUGUGGAAUAUGAGCUUCACCUGCAGAAAGUUGAUGUGACUCUGGAUCCUGACACAGCUCACCCACUGCUCCUCCUGUCUAAAGAUUGGAAGAGCAUGAAGCUGCAAAAGAAACCUCUACGUCUGCCCAACAAUCCGAAGAGAUUUGAUAAAGAAACGAUGGUGUUGGGGCGUGAGGGGUUCAGAUCAGGCCUACGUUUCUGGGAAGUCACUGUGGGGUCUGAGGGAUGCUGGGCUGUGGGGGUUGCCAGGGAGUCUGUGCAGAGAAAGGGCGCGAUCACCAUCAGUCCUGGGCAAGGGAUCUGGGCUUUGGCAAAAAUGGGCGAUAGUUACAUGCCUCUCACUGAUACUCAGAGGAGUUUUCUUAGCCUAGAGAGGAAGCUAAAAAGGAUCCAAGUGUGUCUGAACUAUAAGUUAAAGCGAGUGGACUUUUACGACCUUGACACACAGGAUCUUCUUUACGCUUUCUCAGAUGUAUCUUUCCAUGACGAAAUGCUUUUCCCCUUCUUUUGGAUAUUUCAAAAUGGCAACCUCAGCCUUGCUUAGAAUUGCAGCGCCGGGGCUACUUUGUGAUUCACUGAAUGCUUUGGAGACUCAGUGGGCUCAUUCCGCACAUGCAGAAUAAUGCACUUUCAAACUGCUUUCAGUGCUCUUUGAAGCUGUGCGGAAUAGCAAAAUCCACUUGCAAACAGUUGUGAAAGUGGUUUGAAAACGCAUUAUUUUGCGUGUGCGGAAGGGGCCGUGGUGAUGUACCAUUUGGCAUCCUUUCCUUUACUUCACUUAAGUCCUAGGUGGGCCUCUGCCACCUCCAGCAGUUACUGAUAUUCUUGAAAGCUACACCAGCCCACAUAAGUGACCACACUAUCUUGUGCUUGUACACACCCACGUUGGAGGCAGAAAACAUUGCUUCCAAUCUGUCAGGAAGUUGUGUAUAUUUUACUUUUAAAAAUUACUCCGCUUCCCUGAAGCCAUCUUUAGAUGUGGGUCAGAGGUUAAUUUACUGCUGUUUAGGCUCAUUGCUUGCAGCUGGUAUUUGUAAGAAGGGAAUGGCCUUCACAACUCUUAGGCUGGUAGGACCUUGACGACAAUACAUUCUCUUAAUUGGCUAGGAUUCCUAACCAGUGGAGUUAUCAAACUAAGAGAUAAUUGAAUUCUGGUGUGGCAUGACUAAUUUAAACCCUGAUUGGCUUUGAAUAACCACCUGAUGUGGAAGCCAUUUCUUUUCAAUUUUAGCUCAUGUUGCCAUUCAUUACUCCCUCUGAUUUUUUUCUGUAACACUGAACUUUUUGCUUGUUAUUUUGCUGACAAGUUUAAUAGGUCUAUUAAAGAACUCUUCUUGCUCUAUGGAA